AUGAAUAUGAUGGCGAGAAACUCGAAUGGCGGCAAUACCACGGAUUGGGACGUUGCGUUGCUUAGCGGUCAACCGUGGCGGCGCCUCAGAAGCAGUUUAGGCUUGUCAGAGCUUCUAUGCAUUCUUCCACCAGACUUCUUCGGCCAUGUCACACAGACUAGUUAG